AUGAAUGAAUUGUUAAAAAUAGUACGCUAUUCAAAUUUAUUCGAUCUUAAUAUUUUAAUCGAUGCAAUUGAUUCAAUUAAUGAUGAAACAAAACCAGCUGUAAAUAACAGUGAUGAUGUUUCAAACUCAUCAGGAAGUAAUAAAAAUUUAUUCGUACGAGGAAAGCAAUAUCGUGGAAGAUUGAGAUUGGAUGAAAAUAUUGCUACAAAAUCACAUCAUGCUCAAGUUACUGAAGGAGAAAUGAAGCACGCUCUACUUGAUGGUGAUGCAACUAAUUAUGAUCUUGAUCGCGGUUUUACCAGACAUCCAAUAGAUGAUAUACAUAAUAUUUGUGUUAAAUUAGAUGGCCCAUCGAUUGUGAAUCAUCUUAAAUUAUUACUUUGGGAUAAAGAUGCUCGUGCCUAUUCAUACUAUGUUGAAGUAUCAGCUGAUGAUAUAACAUGGACACGUAUUAUUGAUUAUCGUGCAUAUUUAUGUCGUUCAUGGCAAAAAUUAUAUUUUUCACCUGUUGUUGCAACAUCAAUUCGUAUUGUUGGAACACAUAAUACUGUAAAUAAAGUAUUUCAUCUAGUUUCAAUGGAAAUUUACUAUAUUCAAAAACCAUUUGCACUCGUGGGAGAUAUACUUGCUCCAGUACAAAAUGUUGCAACGUUAGAAGCAAGUGCUAUUGUAUCAGAAGGUGUUAGCCGAGUACGAAAUGCACUAAUCAAUGGGGAUUAUCUCUCGUAUGAUUGGGAUUCAGGAUAUACAUGUCAUCAACUUGGUUCGGGUGGAAUUGUUAUACAACUAUGUCAACCAUAUGUUGUCAGCUCAAUGAGAUUAUUAUUAUGGGAUUGUGAUAAUCGUUCGUAUUCUUAUUACAUUGAAACGUCCUAUGAUAAUAUUACAUGGUCAAAAGCUGUUGAUAAGCAAAAUACUGCUUGCAGAUCGUGGGAAAUCUUAACAUUUGCUCCUCGCAUUGUUGUUUUUAUUCGUAUAUGUGGUACGCAUAAUACAGCUAAUGAAGUAUUUCAUUGUGUACAUUUUGAAUGUCCAUGUCGGCCUGAUAUACUUAAAUCUUAUAUGAAUGAACAAACAUCUAUAUUAACAACUGAUGAACAUGAAGAAAAUAGUGUAACAUAUGAUGAAUAUUGUAAAUCAUUAGAACCUCUACUUGAGAUAUCAACUUGCAAUUCCUCAUCAACAGCAGAUAACGGUUCAUUAGUGCAAACACAUAUAUCACUACCCUUUAUGAUAAAGUCCGAUUCGGCAGGAAUAUAUCCAAGUGAACAGGAAAACGAUGAAAACAAUAAAUAA